AUGGCCUUGUGUGGGGCUAGAGGGGAUUGCGCACCGCUUGCAGCCGCUGCUUCGCUGGUCGAGGCGGCGGUCCGCGGGGCGGCGCCGGCGAAAGCACCCCGCAGGACGGUUGCGGCGGUGGCGCGCGCGGCGGUAUCGGCUAGCUUCUUCAAGCUGGCCGACGCGCCCGUGCCACCUGCCGCGACGCGCGUCGGCGCAGUCGCCGACGUCAGGCCGAGCGUCGUCGCGCUGCUGGGGCCCCUGCGGCGGCGGCGGCGGGCGGCACGGCCGGCCGCCGCGGGCGAGCUGGCGGAGGUGGGCUCCCCUGUCGCCGCGGCUGCUUGUGCAGCUGGUGCUGCGGAGGCCGUGCGCGCGGGCACGGGGCUCGUGCUGACGGCUGGAGUGGCGCCAGAGGUGCCAGGCAUCGCGGAGGCGGGGCGGCGGCAGACGUGCGUGGGCGGUGGCCCCGCGGCUGCCUCGGCGUCGGCGGCGGCGGAGUUGGUGGCGCCGCCUUCGGCGCCAGCAGCUGGCAGAGCAGGCGGCUCGGCGGCGACGCUCGACGACGUCCAGGCGCUCGCGGUGAGCAUGGUCGAGCAGGCCGGAGAGGCGCCGUGGCACUCUGCGGAGGUGCGGCACGUGCUGGAGGCGUUGAGGCCGAAUGACGACACGAUCACGCGAAUCGUGCUGCUGUACCACACUUGUAAUUACAUACCGCCACGCCACGCCGAGCAGAAGAAACUAAGCCUUGGACGGCCCCCCGUGGCGCACGAGGCCUACUCCUCGCGGGUUGCGGACGCCGCCGAGGGAUUCGGGGGGACGCAUACUGUACUCCCAGCCGUCCAGGGGAUGUACCCCGUGUGGGCGUCGCGGGGCUACGGCUCCUGGGUCAGGCUUCGAUCCCCCUCCCCGGUCCCGCUCGCCCUCGCGCGGCUUUCGCGCGCCCGCAGCGCGAAGGACGCGGAGGUGAGGCGGAUGGCGCGCGCGGACGCCGCCCUCAAGAAGCACAUGGCCGCGUUUGUCAGGGUGUGGCGGGAGCGGCGGCGGCAGGACAGCCGGUCUACCAGCAAGGUCGUGCAGAAUACUGUAACCGAAGCCGCGGGGGCGGGCGGCGCCGGGCACCUGGCGAUCGUGGGCGCGAGGACCCCGAAGCAGGACGUGCAGAACCCGCACUGCACCCUGUCCGUGGUGGGCGCCCGGAGGCGGGUCUGCGUGCAGGCCGGCGACGCCGUCGAGCUGGAGGACCAGCAGGGCCGGAAGGCCGAGGUGCUGGGCAAGGCCACCCUGAGGGUGGGCCGGGAGCACUUCCUCCACAGUGAGUGGGCGGCGGACCUCCCGCUCUCGCUCCCCAGCUCGAGGCUGAGUCUGCGGAAGGCCACCGUGCAGGUGCGCAUCGAGUCGAUCCACGCAGCCGGCGCUCGAAUCGGGGAAUUGCCGGGAGACCCACUGAAGGGCAUCGAGGCUUCAUUGGCUCGCCUGCAUAAGGGGCGGCCCAAACACUGCCCCGUCGCCGAGCUGAUGUACCGGCUGGGCCGCGAGCUGAAGCGCGAGGAGCACGAGAUCACGCCGCUCGUCCACAGGCUGGUGACUCUCAAUUGGCUGGAGGACGUCCGGGACCUUGAGCUGGCGGAGGACAGGCACUGGGAGCGCUGGGGCUUCCCCGAGAAGCUGGUGGUGCUGAUCAAGGCGGAACUGCUCGAGCUCUCGGAAAACAACUUCUUGAAGGGCUGGGAGAACGUGACGAGCAGCGUGACGAGCCGCUUGACGAGCAUCUUUGCGUGGACCUAG